ACAAUUAUUGACAGUAGAACAUUGUCUAUGCCUACUGUGAAAUAUUAUAAAAUACUUUAUAGUAGAAGCAGAGCUACACUAAAUUGUUUUAUAUUUAUAAAAUAAUAGUGUUAAUAAUUUAUGUAGUUGAAAUUGUAUGAUCGUAUUCAGAAUAGCUAUUACCGUCUCCUGAUAUUUUUUAAUAGCAGUAAUACCCAAUCACCCAACGAUAAAUAAGAACUCAGGCGCGCAUUUCUGUGGAAAUUAAAGCAUCGUCGAUUAAAUCUCAGCAUUUAAAGGUUGUUAUUGCAUUGAGUUGCACGUUCGUUCGUUUACUUAUCAGUGCAGAGAUCAAACGAUGUUAAAAAUUAUAAUUUACGGAUUUUUGCUUUUAAACAUAGUACACACAGUAUGGACAGAUACCGCUGGGGAAUGCAAUAUGGCAGGCUUCUACAUCGAGCUGGGCUGCACACCUGCACCGGCUGUAGAUAACACAACAACCUGCCCCGAGUCUUUCAUUUGUCCAGACCUACAUCCUGACCCAAAAUCUUGCUACUACAGAGGUAAAGCCUACAAAGACCGUACCACGAUACCUCAAAGGCUGAUCAACAAUCCAUGCUCCCAGGCCUGUAGUUGUAAUGUUGGUAACGAGCCGCGGUUCGAUUGCGCGGCCGUUGACUGCGUUGAAGUUUUCGACACGGACGUACAACAGCAAUGUAUAUCUACUUAUCAGCUAGACUCGUGUUGCAGUACCGGAAGCGUUUGUGGCAAAGAUGAGAUAGCGAAACUUAAAACCUGUGAAGUAGAUGGCCAAACAUAUCUAGAAGGCCAAGUCUUCGAGCCAAAGAACACGAGGAAAAGUUGUAUAUGCACACCGCAAUGGAACGGCUCUACUGAUAAUCCAGACUACUGCAGAGAAAUCAACUGUGGCCUUGAGAUCCACUACCAAGACAUGAUAUUUGACAAUUGCGCGCCAGUUUUCGCUGGCAAUAUGAAGGGUUGUCCCAUCGCUUUUCAAUGUCCCUCAUUACAGUCCAAGGUGGUCCGAGGUUUAAAUCUUCGCAGCAUCAGCGAACAGUGUACGUUCGGCAACGUGACGUUAUCCGUCGGAGACGAAGUUACCGUUGACGAGAAGUGCACCACUUGCGCCUGCGAUGUACCACCUUUUGUCUCUUGUUCUAGGAAACCCAGCUGUUAAUGACCAAUUCUUUUAUAUAAAGUCUAUUAUGUAUAGUGGUCCUAUGCAUUUGAUGAGACUCCAAGUGCUUCAGAAUUUUCUAGGGUGGAUAGAAAGUCUAACGCCUGUUUUCUGCCUAAUACACAAACUGAACAAUCAAAUAGAUCUCUCUUUCAAUGUGACUUCUAAAUCAUAAUUAACGUUCGUAAUAUUCUUUAUAGUUUGUAAUAUAGUUAGUAAGUAAAUUUACGAUUCUGAAAUAAAAAUUAUUUAUAUUUUAUAA